CGAAAUAAUUAUUUAUUUUUUAUGAAUUAUGGCAUGUACUGUGGCGGACGCGUUUAAAAAAUAAUUUGUUAAAUAGGCCACACUGUAUAACGGCAAAUUUGCUUUAGAAAACUUCAAAAUAUAAGCACAUAUGGCAACAUUGCUUUAUAAUAUAAAUUAUAAAAGAAAAGUAAUCAAAUUAGCAGUGUUUUAAAUUAUAUAUUUAGCUAAUAUAAUUUAAAUAAUUUUCAAAUAAUACAUUAACUAGAAUUAACCAGAAUAGAAAUAAUAAAUUAAUCAAAACGAGAACUUCCCUGAAAGAAGACCGAUUAAAUCGUCUGGCAACAUUGCGUUGCAAUCAGCUGUGGGUUUGACACUUUAAAUUUGUGUUUAAUAUGGUGCUGGAGAUUACAAAAUGUAAUAACCAGGAAAACAAAAUGAUAAGGCUUUUUCAAUUAUAGAUAACGGUUCAGUAAUUUAACGUGUACAUUUUCAACAUGUCGGGUUUUUCAUAUGGUGAAUUGUUUCCCACAAAAUUAAGUUUAUUUAUAUUUAUAGGUUAUAUUUUGUUAUUUGUUAACCAGGGAUUGUUAGUAACAGGUUCUCAAAAGUCUGACAACAAUUAUGAUUAUAACACUGUAACAGUAGUUCUUUUCACAGAAGUUAUAAAAUUGAUAGCAUCAUGUGCUUUAUACUGCAAAGAUUCCAGUGCCAAAUCGUUGGUAGUGGAUGUCGUGAAAAAUAAAAAUGUGCUCAUGCUUUAUUUCAUACCAGCAAUUUUAUACUGCUUGUACAAUAAUUUGUCGUUCAUAAAUCUGUCCAAGUUUGAUCCCACGACGUAUUUCUUGUUGUUGCAACUGAGGGUGGUUAUAACGGCUUUGUUGUUCCAGAUAAUUUUCAAGAAAAAGUUAAGUAAAACUCAGUGGAUCUCCCUCAAUCUCUUGAUGUUUGGUUGCAUGCUAAAAAAUAUAAACUUCGGCGACAACAAAGAAGAUAAUCCUGGCAACAAAUCCGAUUCCGUGGAUUUGGGAUUGAACACUAUAUUAAUUUUGGUACAGAUAAUAUGCUCUUGCCUCGCUGGCGUUUACAACGAAUAUCUGUUGAAGAAAGAAGGUGCGGACGUGAACAUCUUCGUACAAAACGUAUUCAUGUAUCUAGACUCAAUAAUUUGCAAUGUUAUAUUGUUGACUAUAACUGGAAGUAUAGCUGAGGGCUUUACUUAUGACAGUAUUAGCAAAGUAUUACACUACAAAGUGUUACUGGUGAUGUGCAAUAACGCUGCUAUUGGUAUUGUCACCAGUUUCUUCUUGAAAACAUUGAAUUCAAUACUUAAGACGUUUGCCAGUGCUUUAGAACUGGGAUUGACUGCUGUUCUCAGCUAUAUAUUUUUCAAUAUUCCUAUUUAUAUGAAUACAGUUUGUUCAUUGGCCAUUGUGAUGUAUGCCAUUUAUUUGUAUUCACGGAAUCCCGUGUCUAACGUACCAAAAGUUACCGUAUCUGUGGAAAAACAAGAAUUACUGGCUGAGGAAGUUUAAUAAACUAAUAUAGUAAAUAUUGUUCUAUCCGUGGAGAAACCUUAAGAAGGCUGAAAAAUAUAACGUUCUUGUAAUUGUUUAUAGUAUUAAAGAAGUAUUUUAGAAUUGUAAAUUUUUGGCCUAGUGUUGAGCCAGUGUUAUCAACGUUCCUAGGUUCUUAUAUCUGUGAUUCAUUUCAUUUGUACUUAAUUCUCCCUUAAUUUGGAGUUUAUGGAUAUAAAAUUAUAUACAAACAUUAAAUAUUGUAUUCCAAAUUUAACUUUUGGGAAUUUUUCAAUAUUGAGACAAAUUUUUAUCCAAUUUCAUUGAAUAAUUUUUAAAUGUAUUUUAUAUUAUAAUUCAUAGGAAACGGUUUGAUAUUUUGUUACAUAUGAUCAUGAAAUAAAAUUUCAGGUUUAUAUAUGUACUAACAUGGUUUUAGUUAUUUAUUAACUAAGUUUAAAAAUAAGAAACAGUCAAGUCAUGCUAUUUGUUGAAUAAUGUAAAUAUUAAGUUUUAUUAAAUGAAGAUGUGUGAUGAUAUGUUUUAUUUUUUGUACUGUUGUUAGUUUUAUUAGA